AUGGCGGCGCUGCGGGCGAUUCGGGGGAUGGUGAACGGGGCCGUGUCCGAGCUGUCCGGGGGCAACAGCGGCGCGGCCGCCGCACGGGAACAGGCGGCGGCGGCCAACCGGGACUACAUCUCCCAGCCCCGACUGACAUAUAAAACUGUAUCAGGAGUUAAUGGUCCACUGGUAAUCUUGGAUCAAGUUAAGUUUCCUAGGUAUGCAGAGAUUGUCCACUUGACACUUCCUGAUGGCACAAAGAGAAGUGGGCAGGUUUUAGAAGUCAGCGGCUCUAAAGCUGUAGUUCAGGUAUUUGAGGGAACUUCGGGUAUUGACGCUAAGAAAACAUCUUGUGAAUUUACUGGGGAUAUUCUCCGAACCCCAGUAUCUGAGGAUAUGCUUGGUCGUGUAUUUAAUGGAUCAGGAAAACCUAUUGACAGAGGUCCCAUUGUCUUGGCUGAAGAUUACCUGGACAUUAUGGGUCAACCAAUCAAUCCUCAGUGUCGAAUCUACCCAGAAGAGAUGAUUCAGACUGGCAUUUCUGCAAUAGAUGGCAUGAACAGCAUUGCCAGAGGACAGAAAAUUCCCAUAUUCUCUGCUGCUGGUUUGCCCCAUAAUGAGAUUGCGGCUCAGAUAUGUCGCCAGGCUGGCUUAGUGAAGAAAUCCAAAGAUGUGAUGGACUACAGUGAAGAGAACUUCGCCAUUGUGUUUGCUGCUAUGGGUGUGAACAUGGAAACGGCUCGGUUCUUCAAAUCUGACUUUGAGGAAAAUGGCUCCAUGGACAACGUGUGUCUGUUCUUGAACUUGGCCAAUGAUCCAACCAUUGAGCGUAUUAUCACCCCUCGACUCGCUCUAACCACUGCUGAGUUCUUGGCCUAUCAGUGUGAGAAGCACGUACUGGUCAUUCUGACGGAUAUGAGCUCCUAUGCUGAAGCUCUACGAGAGGUUUCAGCAGCUAGAGAGGAAGUGCCUGGCCGACGUGGCUUCCCUGGUUACAUGUACACUGACUUGGCCACUAUAUAUGAGCGAGCUGGACGCGUGGAAGGCAGGAAUGGCUCCAUUACUCAGAUUCCUAUUCUUACUAUGCCCAAUGAUGAUAUUACUCAUCCCAUCCCUGACUUGACUGGAUACAUUACUGAGGGGCAGAUCUACGUGGAUAGGCAGCUGCACAACAGACAGAUUUACCCACCUAUUAACGUGUUACCCUCCUUGUCUCGACUGAUGAAGUCUGCUAUUGGAGAGGGUAUGACCAGGAAGGACCAUUCAGAUGUGUCCAACCAGCUGUAUGCCUGCUAUGCUAUUGGAAAGGAUGUGCAAGCUAUGAAGGCUGUAGUUGGUGAGGAAGCUCUUAGCUCAGAUGAUCUUCUUUAUCUGGAGUUUCUGCAGAAGUUUGAAAGGAACUUCAUAGCUCAGGGUCCUUAUGAAAAUCGCACUGUUUACGAGACCCUGGACAUUGGCUGGCAGCUUCUGCGAAUCUUCCCCAAAGAGAUGCUAAAGAGAAUUCCUCAGAGCACCCUGGCAGAGUUCUACCCUCGAGACUCCACUGCAAAGCACUAGCCACGGCUUCAUCUCUAGCUCUGUACUCUGUGAAAGGCUGUUUAUUUUCCUUUUUCAUGUGUUGGUGUUUACUUGUCACUCCUGUAAUUAAAACCAAGAAUAAGUGACAUGUUGUGCCAGUGUUCCUGAUGUGUUAAGCUGAUAAGAAUUUAAAAUAUCUCUUUCCAAAUCCUGGAUCUUCAGUGGUUUUGGUAAAAUUUCCUGAGGGGAAGAAGCUUCAAAGUCACCUAUCUUUGUAGAUGUAUGUAACUGCAGUUACUAUAAUUAUGUCUUCUAGACUGACUUCCUUUAAAUCAUCUCAGGAGAGGGAUUACCAGAAGCUGCACUUGGUCUCUAAACCAGGAACAAAUAUAACUAGUUAUUUAGGGGGAGCCAAGGAGCAAGUGGUAGCCCCCCUCUUGCCCAGAGCAUCUGCAUUCAGCCUGAUCAUGUGCUGCUGCUGUGCUGUUGCCUAGAACAGAUGGCACUCUGUGCUGACCUGCUAUUGUGAUGGAUGAACAGACUAGCAAGAGGAAAGUUGGCUACAUGGCAGUGUACAUCUGAUACCAGAACACAAUUCACUGUUGGCUUUAAUUAGAGCUGCGGGAUCCUUGAUCAUUUUGCUGCUGUCCCCAGAGUUACGCAUAUAUGAAGUUGCAACAUUUGCACAAAUAAUGCUUUCCAAGUAGCACAGCAAGAUUCCUACCUCUUCAGAGAUCCAAAGCAGUAGGUCUCUAUAUGAGGAUCAUAGGUUUUGUCCUUAUCUUGGGCUAGGGAGUCAAUCAACCUGUUGAACUGCCCCCUUGGAAAAGGUGGAGAAGCAGGAAACUUACUCCAACCAUUCCACUCCCUGAAAUAUAGAAGUCACAAAUGUGAAAAGGGGCUAAAGCCCAGCGCUGUCCCAAAUCAUGCAAACGCCUGAUAGUAUAACACUGUAGACUGUCCAAAGCUUCAAACUCUCAGUACAAAACUGAACUGUUAUCCCAUUAUAGGAGACAACCUUAUACCAGGUCCUCCAGAUACAAUUGUAUUGGUAGUGUUGUGGUGGGCUCCAGUUAAUUUUGUAAUUUAGAAGUCUUGUACUAAAUGAUGCAGAGGGGCAGAAGGCAACUCUUGUUGGCACGUGUGAAAGGAUAUUUUGAAUUCUGUGUUAAAUCAUUCUCUGGAUGACAUUGGGCCUUAAACCAUGUUUUAACUUUGGUUUAAUCACCCUUCCAAACAUGGAUUUGGCUAGCCAGUUUAGAUCCGGCCAAACAGUUAAGUGUUUCCAAAACACUCCUAACCCAGCCAGUAUCUCCAUGCUUGGAAUUAGUUUAAAUCAGGUUCAAAGCCCACUGCAGAGAGGGUUUUAGAGUUCCUUAUUUGCUUUCCAUUUCCAGCCUAAUCUGGUCAGUUCAAGUUAUUUUGUCUAUCCAUGCAUGAGUUGCAAACCAUGUUAGUACCUGCCUAGACAAGUGUUAAACUCAGAGGUGUAACAUGGUUUAAACUGUGCCGAAUACCCUGACUUCAGCUUGUCCCUGAUGUUGCCCUGCAGCUCUGUCCUGUGCAGGUCUAACUUUCUGUUGUUUGGUCUCUGUAACUCGGGUGCAAUAGCAGUUUCUUUAGUGCAUUCCAUCUUAAAGCUGUAUCAAUUCUAUUUUUCUUGGGGAGGGGGGAAUGGGAAGGUGUUAGCAUGAGAAUAUUUUAAUGUAGAAAAUGUGAUACCUGAAUAAGUUAAAUAUGAAAAAUAAAUGUUGAAGAAAUCAA